UCCUUUUUUAAGUGUAACAAAAUAGCAUAUAGGUCGAUUCUCUAAAAGUCUCGCAGCGUCUUCACGUGGAGACGUAGGCUAUCUGUCAUAAUGUGCCAGUGGUCACAUGGCUUUGGCCCUCAGCGAUGGAUUCCCACGUCACCUUGUACGUCUAAGGAUUUCUGCUCCAGCAGUCAGCGUCAAAGUGGCUGAAGCGCAGCGGUGCGCAGGAACAAUGCGCGGAUUAUCCUAGGACGUUUCCGAGCGCAGAGUAUGGAUUUGGAUGACCGGAUUUCGGGCUCCAGUAUGUAUUUACCGAGCUGCACUUACUACGUGUCCGGAGCAGACUUCCCGGGUCUCCCUCAUUACUUAAGCCAGAGCCAGUCCUCUCACCCCGUCACUUACUCGUACCAGUCUUCUGCGCUCCCUCAGAUCCCGUCCGUGAGAGAUGUCGCUUUCAGAGAUUAUGGCAUUGAUGCUUCGAGUAAAUGGCACCACAGCAGGGGGAGUCUGUCACAUUGCUACGCUGAGGACAUGCACAGGGACAGCUGGGCGUGCACACGGGGAGGAGAGGUCCCGGUGAAGGGCGGCUCGGGGCACUCCAGCUCCUCCAGCGCCACUUCUGCUCUCGGCGGGGGCAGCGUUGGGCGGAACGGGGUCCUGCCUCAAGCCUUCGACCAGUUCUUCGACCCGGCCUACGGGAGCGCGGAGGGAAGCGUCCCAGAGGCGGACAGACACUCAAGAACGAGCCCCGCUCCGGCUCACGCAGGCUCGGACUCCGCGGAGAGCUGCAGCCCCAAGUCUUCCUCCGGGAACAGCGAGGAGAAACAGACCAGCAGCGGCAGUGUUCCGAGGACUCGCAAGAAGAGGUGUCCGUACUCCAAGUAUCAGAUCAGGGAGCUGGAGAGGGAGUUCUUCUUCAGUGUCUACAUCAACAAGGAAAAGCGCAUGCAGCUAUCCAGGAUGCUCAAUCUGACAGACCGCCAGGUCAAAAUUUGGUUCCAAAAUAGGAGGAUGAAGGAGAAGAAACUGAACAGAGAUCGUAUACAAUACUACACAAACCCUCUGCUAUAAAAACUGGACACAGACUGCUGCUGCACCCCCACUACCCCAACCCCCAUACAGACAGACUAAACAUCUGUGUCAUAAAGUGGACCAUAUUUUUUGUCUUUUGAAAAUAUUUUUCUUCUCGUCUCUAUUAUUAUUAUUAUUAUUAUUAUUAUUAUUAUUAUUAUUAUUGUGAUUUUUGUUUAAGUGAUUACACUUAAAAAUACAUCAAAUUUGGAUUCUUUUAACCUGAAUACAAACACUUCUUAUUAAUUUUUUUUUAAAUAAUUAAACUUUAUCUUCUACUGUUCUCCAACCGCGCAGGUUCUGUUUUGCAUUUCUAAAUCUUCGCACUGAACCUCAAUUCACACACGCUUGCACUUCCUUUACUGACCAGGAAAUCCUGAAAUUUAGCAUCUUUACGCGCUUUUCUUCUUUUUGGUUUUAUUGGUUAAUGCAGUUACAUAUAACUCAAAAUGGCUUGGUGAGAAUAGCAUUUAUCCUCGAACACUGUCUGCGCAUUAAAAUUUUAAAUUGAAGAUUAUAUGUUACAAAAACGCAUUUUAAGGAGGACAAAACAUCACCCAAAUGAAUCAAAAGAUUGGGCUCAAAUAAAAUAGAAAGAAAAACUCAAAAAUGUAUAUAGUAACGUGUGUCGUAUUUCAUGAUGCAUGGAUUCCGUAUUUUUGAGCUUUUUGGCCCCCUUUGUGUGGAAAUCAGACCUGCAGCAGUUAAUAUUUGAUAUCCAUGACAAAAGGCCCCCUUCAUUUGUUGGGGGCAGAAAGUGGCAAGGCUGAUUUUGAUCUGAAAUGUUGGUUUAUAAACCAGAAAGGAUCUCUUUCUUGAUUCGCAUGAAAAAUCCAAACACUUGCAUUUGUGCGUAUAAGAAAAGUAAUCAUACAUUAAAAUUUUGGAUUGUUGAAGUAAAAUUAUUUAAUUUAGUCAAAAUGGAGUUUGAAUUAUGACUUCUCUUAUUUGAGUAUUUCUUAAAGCGAAAGUACUUUUGUUAAUGGCACUAUAUAACUUUCUCACCACCCGUAUAACCUCAAACGCUUUAUGUUUCCUAGAGGCUUUACACUGACCACCAGACCCCCGAAAACAGCCUGAAUGGCCUGUCAUAAGAUAAUAAGGGUCCUGGUGUCUUCCUUACACGGAGCAUCCUGCCAGGCUCCCAGGAAUUCCACUUUGAUUGCUGCACAUCCUCCCAGUUGCUUCAGUGACUUGGCCAUAAAAGGCGGAUUCGUCUGGAGCAUUUGCAGUGCGGUGCAAUAAAGCGUCUGAGACCAAGGUUAUUAACUGUGACUCGGGGGGGGGGGGAUGAAAACAACGGCUGGGAGCAGUGAAACGCGCGGACACGGACUUCUCCGUGCUCACUUGUUUCUGCGUCCUGCAGAAGUGGGAAGAUCUGGGUUGUGUUGCCAUGCUGGGCCGCAGUGUUCGUCCACUGGAUGGCGCUCCUUAGAUCAAUGUCAUUGCCGUGAAUUGUGAUAUAAAAGAAGUUUGAUGCGAGAAUCAAACUUUCAGGAAAGAGGAUUUCUUUAAGCAAAAUGUGUGACACUGUGGAGCUGGCUGUUCGGACGGGGAGGAGUCAGUCUCCUGCUGUUUUAAUUGGCUGCAGACUUCAGUGAGAAGCGAGGUGGAAGAACUGAAGUCGCUGCCAACUGGCUCACAGCAAAGAGCGGCAGAAAGAAGCGCUGCCCUUACACCAAGCACCAGACUCUGGAGCUGGAGAAGGAGUUUCUCU